AGAUGUUCCUGCCUCUCCUGGGAACGGAAGUGACGUUGGACCGGGGAGGACGAGCCGGGCUGUGAACGCGCGUGGGGCGCUGCGGCUCUGCCUGGCUCGUGCGGAGCUGUUGGAGCCUCUCCCGGAGCCGGAGAAGAGUUUGUGUCUCCCGGCUCUGGGCAUGCGCAGAUCUGGGGUGGGGGCAGUCACGCAUGCGCAGAGGCAGCGCUCACCCGCUGCGGAGCUCCAGCCUCCAGGCUACAGAAUAACGUCCACGUUUCGCUCCAGAACAUCCCAUCCUCCCAGGAGGAAGGAAAUGGCUGCAAUGGAGCUGGCUCAGGGGCCAGUGACUUUUGAGGAGGUGGCUGUGUAUUUCACCAGUGGAGAGGGGGCUCUGCUGGACCCCACUCAGAGAGACCUCUACAGGGAUGUCAUGCGGGAGAACUAUGAGACGGUGGUCUUUCUGGGGUUUCCAGUUUCCAAACCUGAUGUGAUCUCGCAGCUGGAACGAGGGGAAGAGCCGUGGGUUACAGACCUCCAUGACUCUGAGAAAAAAGUGCUCCCGAGAGCUGCCUGCGCAGGUGUUGGGAUGGUGAGUGAGAAUGAGGAGAAUCCCCAGCAGGAAGAUGCUGAGAAAGUAGAACCACAUGGGACGUUAUCAGAAAGAUCCAAAGAGAAUGAUUCCAGGAGUUGUGCACUCCCAGAAAAAGCAAAAGCCUGUAAGACUCAGCAGAGGCCAGAGGAAAACUUCAGUAGCCACUCAGACCUUAUUACACGUGAGAGAAUCAACUUGAAAAAGACACGCUACACAUGCCAUGAGUGUGGGAAAAGCUUCAUUGGUAGUUCAGCCCUCAUCUUACAUCAGCGAAUCCACACAGGAGAGAUGCCCUACACAUGCUCUGAGUGCGGGAAAAGCUUCAAUCAGAGCUCUGCCCUGAUCACACAUCAGAUUAUCCACACGGAUGAGAAACCUUAUGGAUGUCCUGAGUGUGGGAAACGCUUCAAUUGGAGCUCACACCUUAUCAGUCAUAGGAGAAUCCACACGGGUGAGAAACCUUAUGGAUGCUUUGAGUGCGGGAAACGCUUCAAUGCUAGUUCAGCCCUCAUCUCACAUCAGCGAAUCCACACGGGAGAGACGCCCUACACAUGCUCUGAGUGUGGGAAAAGCUUCAAUCAGAGCUCUGCCCUGAUCACACAUCAGAGAAUCCACACAGGAGAGACGCCCUACACAUGCUCUGAGUGCGGGAAAAGCUUCAAACAGAGCUCUACCCUUAGCAGACAUCACAGAAUCCACACAGGAGAGAGACCCUACACAUGCUGUGAGUGCGGGAAAAGCUUCAGUUAUAGCUCAGUCCUUACUCGACAUCAGAAAAUCCACAUGGGAGAGAAUGUGCCUUGAUUAGGGCUGGCCAAAGAUUUGGGUUUUUUUUAAAAAUCACAUUUGCUAAUUCCCACAUAGUGAUCUUUGCACCAUCUUCACCGUGGUCUCUCAGCUCCCCCAGAUGAGUGCCUGCUUCUGCCUUUUGCAGCUCACCCUUCUUUGGGGUCAGUCCUGUGAUCUUUUCUAUCAGCUCCUUUCCUUUUGAGUCGUAGGAGUGUGCGUCCCUUCAGCCAGGAAUGUUCAUCAGCUCCAGGUGGGAGAGAUUUUGAUCCCAACAAGCUAUACUGAGGCAAAAACUACCUGUGCCUUACAUCCACUAGGACUGUACAUGGUGUUGGCUGCUCAUUUAAAUGAUCUUGGUGUAAAAAGACAAUUAUAGUUGUAGAGCAGAUGCAGCCCAGGUGCAGUGGUUGCAUUAGCUUUCCCCUUGACCUGACCUAAACUCCAUGACUUUUCCUAGUCUAAACAAACCCUGAGCAUCACGGUUAUACUGUCCCCCCAUUUCAAAGCAAUUGUUAGUCAUCAAGUUUCCCCUUCGGGAACAAAUUGUUUUAUUCCCGGUUGUUCUCAGGUUGCUUCAGGUUGUGCUGGAGAGCAGAUAUUUUUAUUACCGUUUUCCUCACUUAAAAUAUAUUGGACUAUAACAAAGAGCAGGAAGAGGGCAGAGGGAUUCAAUUGGUUAGGUCAAUAUUUUUUCUAAAGGGCUGGGAAGAGUAUUCCCUAGUAAAUGACUUGUAACUAAGCAAAAUACCCAUGCAUUUGGCCCCCAAAGCAGUUGUGGCCAAGGCCCUGCAGGAGGUCGCUCCUGAAGAUAUCUCCUUUCUAAUCAGGUGCAUUUUGCCUGUUAUUUGGGAAAUGCAAUCCCUAUCUAGGUAGAGAUGGGGAAAAUGGAAGUGAUGUUUCUGUUCAGCUCACCCCUUGGGAGAUGCUGCAAAUGUGUAGAAAAUGAAAUCUGUGUUUAAUGUGAUAAUAGGUAUCUUUCUGCACCUAUUUCAAUAGAUACCUGACAUUUGGUGUCUUACAGGGAUUCUAAGCAGUACCUGAAUUUAGUCCCUAAUUUAAAUCUGUGCCACCAGAUUCACAAAAUAAAAGGGCAUAUGUGGGGGAGUUAUACCUCACUAUUGCUACUGAUACGUUGUAUGGUUGGUGAAGAAUUCUACGCCAGAGAAGUGUAAAAUUACUCCAAGUAAGGUCAAAGAUUUUACAAGAACUCAGGUAGAAAUUGCAGGUACGAAUGGUUGAUUUUCACCCAAAAAAUGAACGCUAUGCUGACCUGUAGCCCAGGUAAACUAUUUUUAGAACAUUGCUCCCUAGUUAAGUGGCAUUUAUCACACUGCUAAAGGAUGCCAUAGUUAAAUUGGGAACAACUGUCUUUUACCAUUUGGAUCCAAAGUUUCAUGAAUCACACAGAGAAACAGCUGAUUCCUUCAGAGCCAUUCCGCCUAUGGGUCCCAAUCUGGCUGCCUUUUUGGACAAGAAGCACUUUCAUGCUGGGCAAAUGAUGGUAGCCAAUGGGGGAAUGUAUCAGAUUCCAAGUUCAGAAUGCAGGAUACAUGAAUGCUGAGUCUAGAGUCUGUGGUUUGGACUCUUAGGUUUGCUCUUGAGUCUAAUACAUUUGUAUCACUUCUCUGCCUUCUACUACUUUGAAAGAUUAGAAAGUGUGAAAAUAGAGCACAGGUGUUUUUUCUCAUGAUGCAAUCUUCCCAUGUAGUGUGAGACCCUUUCCACUCACAGUUAUAGGAGAAGACGCAGGGAGAAAUGAACUCAAAGAAAUGGAAGGGUCCUAGGUUAUUGUAGAAUGUGACUUCACACAAAGCUCACUGGGUGGAAAUGGGAAUUAAGAGAAAACUGCCCUAUCGGUUUAUAUUUUGUAAUCUUUGAAUAGGUUGUUACCAGUGACAAUGAAAUUAAAUAUGAAGUUAAUUAGGCCUGGUCUACACUACGAGUUUAGGUCGACUUUAGCAGGGUUAAAUCGAAUUAAGCCUG